GUAUACCAAACGCAAACCAAAUAUUGUAUCUGAUAUAUGUGAAAUGUUAUUUAAGACAUGAAGCGCCUCGCGCAAAUCACUUCAUACUUGGUGUUCUUAGAGUGAAGACAUCCGAAUUCGGAAGGAAUACAAGCUAACCAUUCAAAAAAUUCAAAGACAAUUUCUUCGUUGCGCGCGCUGAUAUGUAGUGUUCGUAUUACAGUGAAGUUGAAAUGAUCUGACAAAUAAACAAUCAAAUUAGCAAUCUAGCAUUAGCACUUGGAAAAAUAACGAAUCUGCAGUAAAUAAAAUACUACUUUAUAAUAAACGUGAUUUUACAUAGCAGAUAGAGAAUGUCUUAUUAAUUGCUUAUAAAAAAUAUUUUUUUUUACUAAAGAAGUGAAAAUAAUUGCAUAAAAAGUAAGAAAAAAACUGAACGAUGUCGCUUUUUAAUUAUUUAGUUAAAUAUACAAAAUGUUCUAAAUUGUUCAUGUGCAUCGUGCUCGGCAUUUUAGCUUCGAUUUUGGCGCCGGCUAAUGGACAUUUAUUGAAGCGGGGCCCCUUAUCAAUUGAUGAGGAUGCUACCGUACGCACCGAAAUUGUCGACCGCAACAAUCGUACAAUCCUGGCUAGGUUCAACUUAACCGUGGCUCAAAUGAACAGCAUUAUGCAGAGCCAAAACCCAAACAAUGAACAUCGCGCCGAUCAGGACGGCACACGCUUUGAUGUUAUCAAGGAAAUUCGCAUCAAUGAUAUAAAGAAUCGCCUACAGUCAGCUUUUCAAACGAGUAAUUCUGAUGAGAAUCAAGGUCACCCCCUUCACGAAAUGGCAGCAUAUCCCAUAUGUAACUCAGACUCCACCGAGAGCUCUUGGAUGCAUGACAACAACGUAACGAUUCGUUUCUCGGAUAGUCUCUUCGAACCGAAGCGUGAAAAUUUAAAUCUGGACAGCGCUAUUCUUCGUUUAUAUAAGGUUAACCCAAACAAUACUGAUGAAGAUAACGCUAGCAGUGACGACGAUGCUAAAACCGCAAAAACCUGUGGGGACCCAUUGACGUUAACUCCACAAAUACGUGUGACCGUCUCUAUUGUACAACAACUGCGCCGAAACAAACGAGAAUUUGCAAUCCCGUGGAAUUACUACGGACCGCACACGCCUAUGUCUCCUUUUGCAGCGCACGAAGUGCCAAGAUAUCCAAGACUAGAUGUCAAAUUGGUGGGCUAUGCUUCUUUCGCGCCAAAAAAUGUCAAGAAAGAAGUACAUGACAAACUGCGCGGAAACUUGCGACGCCAACUAUUUAAUCAUUCUAAAACCCCUACUGAAGAUUUACUCGCCGACGGCCAACAUGCUACUGCAGAAACAACGCCGAUGCCCGAUAAUUUACUCCAAUUUUCUACAGCCAUUGAAUUAGAGCAAACGCACAGUGCAAGAAAACGACAGUCUGAACACAAUAUUACUUACCAAAAUUUUCGUCAUACCCUCUACAAUCAUAACCACGACCACAACAACCAUAAACGUAACCUGCAUGAAAACAUUGACGAAGUAGGAAAGCAAUCAAUAAGUUCUAAGCAAAUGAUUCAUCGUAAAUCAUUGCAAUUACAUAACGAAGGCCAACGUCCUCGAGCUCAUAAUCGACGCAAUAGUCACCGCCGAAAUCAUCAACACCACCAACUACACCAACAGCAUCCCCCAACCACAAGCCUAAUUUCAGCAACACACUGA